CCUGAUCUCUUGAAGACACCUUCGCCUUCAGAAUUCGAAUAUAAGCUACAUUUCAUCCGGGAUACACUGGCUCUCAGCGAAACUGAGGAGACAUGGGACAAAAUCGCGGUGGCGCUGACGGCGUUCCAGACACUACUCCGAGAAAGUGGUGGCGUAAUUCCUGAGUACUUUCUGGACGUCUUACGCUCUCUAUCUUCCUUUAUCAACAGAUCUAUUGGCUCUGAACGCUCCCACAAGUCCGCGUCGUUGCGGUUGACUGCAGCAGAGGCGUCGUUAGCAUGUUUGCAAUGCUUCAACCCGCCAGAUCUUCAAAAGGAUGUUCGUGGACAAGAGGUUGAGACGCUGAUCCGGUGCUUCGCAACAGAUGCGAAUGCAGACAUUCGGAAGGUUGGGCGAAAGAUCUUCGAGGCAUACUCUAUCCUGCUACCUGGGCGUGUGGACACGUUUAUUGCACCCCUCACCCCGACAAUUAGGAAAUACCUCGCUGUCAGCUCGAAGACACUAGCGAACUUAGAUGCUUUUUGCCGCCAGACGCCUCAAUCUACUCGCUCUAUCGUUGGCACCCAACCCGACCCUAUCGCUUCUCAACCUGGCACGUCUGUUGGCACGAAUGAAAGAGCCGACCUGGAGCUGCCGAAGGUCAAGACAAGUACAUCUUCCACGGAAGUUGGCCCAUCGCGUCCGUCAGCUAAGACCAGAAAGGACCAAGCUCCGAGUGCUACCAAACGUCCCGGAAGUGCGUUGAGCAUUACGAUCGUGCCCUCACGACCACAGCAUGACGGCGCUCCAAGGAUACAAGUUCCUGGAGCUGCCGCGUCCUCUUCCCAAAAAUCAUCGUCAAAUCCUUCCCGGCCAAAGACCGGCCCUUUGCGUCCAGAAGCAUCAUUAUCUGGUGUCUCCGCACGACCGAUCACUCCACAGGAGAACCAGCCUGAACAGCGGCGUGCUGCUGGCGGGGCACGAAGGGUCUUACGCCCAGAUCCUACUCUAUCGGACAGCCAGCCGCCACGAGACAAACCAGAGGAGCUGCGGACUAAGCCAUUAGUCCCUCCGCGUCGAGCCGAACCACUUAUCCAGCCGAGGCAACGCGCGAUCUCGGUACAUAGCAAGCGACGGCCGGUUCACACUGAAACAGUCGUGGCUGCACGUGCAUCAGUAGGAGUGUUGACUACAAAAUCUUCACUAGCUACCCGCGGAGAAGACGUCAAGAGCCGAGGUACUAAGGCCAUCCCUCAACACCCGCAGAUAGCGUCAACCUCGCAUGUCUCGAAUAUCACUCGACACCGUGGGACCAGUAGAGCACCGAGUCAGACUUCAAGCAGUGCAAAAACAAGAAUGCAGUCCUCAAUAAAGCCUCUACCUAAUAAGUCAAGUCAAACCAGCUCCAUCCGAACGUCUCCACCACAGACCAAGACGGAGAAAGUUAUCGCUCCGGAGCUCAUACCUCUACCUCUUUCGCAUGGUGACGCACAGCACUCCCGCGAGGCACCAUUGCUAGACCUCUAUCCAGCGACCCCUCGAGCAAAACCUUCUCACCUUGAACGCCAAGUCGUUCAGCAGACGCCGAUAUCUGCGCUCGUCGAGUCGAUCCAGCAAGGGUUCAUUCUCACUCCUGUUGACGUAUUUGCCAGGAGCUCCAGCCGCGCCGGACGCAUCUUUGAUAUCGGCGACAACGUCCGCGUCGAGUCUCUUGGUUUUGAAGGCGUAUUGAGAUUUCUCGGAGAGAUUGAGGGAAAAUCUGGUCUAUUCGCUGGUGUCGAACUUGGUGGCGGUUUUGCAGGCAAAGGGAAGAACAAUGGCACGGUAAACGGAAAGCGAUACUUCGCCUGUGCUCCGAAUUGUGGGGUGUUCAUUAUCGCGUCCAAACUUUCCCCUCCCACUAUCGGCGCCAACUCGACCUCGAGACCCUCUUCUGUGGCCUCGUUUCGCAAUGGUCGCGCUACCUCUUCAAUCUCUGGGCGUGUCACCCCGUCUCUGUCGACUUCAUCCACCGUCAACGGCCGCAAAACACCAUCAAAUGGACGCGUGACUCCCGGGCUUCCUAGUGGAAGAAUCACUCCUUCAGCAUCAUCAGGUCGGCGUACACCCAGUGGCGGCUUACCGGCUACGCGUACUAGAACAACAACUAUUACCAGUCGGAGUGCCGUUACAAAUAGCGGAACAUCCAGCAUGGAGUCCAUGAUCACACCCGGGUCCCGCGCUUCGAAGUAUGUGGGCAUGACUGCAAAACAGCUGAGUAGCCGAACACCUACGCGUAACCGGAUGACGAAUACCCCUCGCGCUCGUCUGUCAAGUGCCGCCUCUAUGCCUCCACCAUCCUCACCAUCAACUUUAUCGCGUCGAUCACCAUCUGUCUCACUCAACGAUCCUAUUCGUUCGGCUGGCACGUUAUUUAAUGACUUGUCUGCCAAUCAAAGAGCCAUACAGGAGAUGAUCGACAAGGUCGCUCGACCAGCGUCUUCGGCGUCAGUUCUGUCAAAUGGCGCAGAAAUGCAACUCCAACAAGUUCAGCUUGAAAGCGACAGGCUGCAGUCGAGACUUAAUGCUCUGGAAGACGAGAAUAAACGGUUGCAGUCAAGCUUUACAGCCGCAGGCUCAUCUGUAUCGUCUCUCAACGCCCGUGUGGACGGGCUCAAGCAGGAGCGGGAGCAGAGUUUGGCCCGUGUUACAGAGCUUGAAGCAUCAUUGCGGGCUGCCGAGAGAGGCACUAGCGAGAAGGAGUUAACCAUCGAGUCGCUGCAACGACUGUUGGAGCAGAGUGUAAAGGACAAUGAGAAAACGAAGUGCGAUGGGGAGGUACGAAUCCGGGACUUGCAAUCGAGAAUAGACGACAAGGAGACACUUGCGACACAGCUCAAAGAGCUCAUUGAUGCAAAAGAGGGCCAGCAGACCGAGAACGACGCCGUCCUAGCCGCGAAGAGCGCCGAAAUUGCCGUCCUAGAAGCCAGAGUCCAGAAAGCUUAUACCGAGCUUGAGGAAGAGCGUCGCGAGCUUGGUGGACAAGUGGAUGAGCUACGAAAAGCAGGUCAAGAAACGAUAGCGCUGUACGAGGAACGUUUAAGUGCUGCCGACUCACGUAGGUAUGAGAUGGAAGACUUCAUCGCCUCUCUGCAAGAACAGUUGCAGGCACAAGCCCGUCCUAUCUCUCCAUCUACUAUGGCUCGCCAAGCGACGACUGCCCUCGAAAUUGACAACGAGUCUCUCCGCGAACAGAUUCAACAUCUACAAAAGAAGCUGAGCACUCUCGAAGAUCUGCUUGAAGACGCGCGCUUGGCGACUGAACGCGAGGAGAAUGCUGGCCGCGAGCGGCUCAUGCAAUACAGCGAACGCGAGGACGCUAUUCAUAUGAAGACGCUGGAAGAGAAUGUUGAGCAAACACUACUCCGCGAAGAGCAAGCGCUUGAGGCAGAGGAGGCCGCGCUAAAUAGCGCCCCUGACGAUGUCGCGACGUUGCAAAAGACUAUGCGUGAGAUGAGGGGAAAAUAUGAUAUCUACCGCGAAGACGAAUUGGAGCGAGAAGUUGCGCGGUUACAAGAACGGCUCGCCAGAAAUCAGAAGAAGUCGUCGAAAGGCCUCUCUGAGGAGCCUACAUCAUCUGUUACGACGUCCCUCUCUUCAGUCUCCUCGUCAGCAUCCUCUCGCCCGGAAUCUGUCAUGUCGGAUACCACGAGCCGCAGUGGCAGCGAGGACAUAUGUGAAAUAUGCGAGAAACCAGGGCACGACAUUUUCUCGUGCGAUCUGCUGAAGGAAGACAGGCCGCUUGGCAUCGGCAGCGCGUCGGACUUCUUGACGAAGAGUGCCACCGACGACCUGUUCUGCGAAGAUUGUGAGGAACAUGGCCAUACGGCGGCCAACUGCCCGCACUCUCUGGACGUUUUUUAG